AUGGAUUUCACAUGGAAUCCGAGCUACGAUUCGAGGGAUGGCUUUGCGUUUGUUGAUAGGGAACCCCUUCAGUCCAGUUAUCCUACACUCAUCCAUACAUUCAACAAUGCGUUUGUAGAUGAUGAAGAGUUUUUGGGAUUUAAUUUUCAGCAGGAAAAUCAUCUUCAAGAGGAGGAAAAUUGCAACCUUGGAGUAGGAGAUGAGGUGGAGAUCAAUCGUCGUUGGUCGUGUAGGGUAUACAGAGAGCUCGUUCGUCCGCCGAAGGUACAUAAUCAGAAAUCGGAAAUGCUAUUGUGA